AUGAGUCUGGUCAUCGGAAAACCCCGAUCCGUGUCGCACAGCUGCCUCGUCCGAGCCUCCAUCGAAAUGCCCGUGGAGCUCGAGGAUGACAUCAGAGUAACGAGUGUCACACCGUCCGAACGACACGUCAUCUAUUUUGCAGAACCUCGAUGAUAUCUUCCAGGAGCAGUUGACGGCCUUCAAUGCUGCAAGAGACUACAUCACUAAAGAGGUAAUCUCACCUUUUUACUAUUGAUCCAGUGAUGAAACGUUUAGCUGAGUCAUCCGAUCAUGGAAAACUGGUCAUACAUUUCCGACCUUCUCGAGGCCUGCAAGAUCCGCAUGAAAGUUAUUGUUCCGGGAGACUACAUGCGCGCCAUGAGCUACGGAGCUAUGAGAGUGAGUUGGCGACAUCAAGCGGAUCUUUCGCAAGUUCAACUCUUUUUUUUUAGAUCGUUAACACUCGAAUGACAGAUGUUCUGAACGCGAUCAUGCCGGUCAAGAACUUCAUGGAACACUCGAUCCGAAAAGAGGAAGAGCGGCUGAAGAAAGAGAAGGAAGAAGCGGAGAUGAUGGAGGAGUUGAAGGGAAUUGUGGAGGAAAUUAUCAAGGCGAUUGAAGUUGUGGACCUUCUUCGUGAAAAAGAGCAGAAGGAGCAGAUUGAGUUGGAGGACAUUGUGGAGGGAAUGAUCAGAAUCUUGGAGGCUCCGGAGGUGCUCGCUAAGAAGAUUGACGUUCAGAAGGAUGAGGCUCUGGCGGAUGCGGGAGAGAUCGUGAUUCUGGAAAAGUCGGAAGAGAUGAAGGUCCUGAACAUGCUCGUGUUCGAAAACAACAUCAAGAAGACAAAGAAGAGUCAGCUCGAGAAGAAGGCGAAGAACAAAUGGUUCCACUGCUGGAAAUUCAAUGCCUGA